GGGGACGCUAUCCCGGCGGGCUGCGCGCGCCGCUGUGUUUGAAUGGCUCUGAGUGCAGUCAGGCCCGGGAGCAGAGGGACGCUCUAGGCUGCCGGGUGCGGCUGGUCAGCGCCCGGGCUGGGCUGAGGCGGCGCGGUACAAUGAGGCGCCGAGUGAGAUGUGGAAAAUGCAAAAGACCUGUGUCUCUGCACUGGAGAUUCAAAAGGAUCCAGUCGAAGGCCUAGCACUCAUCAGUGACCUGCAGCUGGGGAGGUCCCUGUGUAGUGUCCCUUAGUGAGUCUGUGGCAAGAGGCAGAAGUGUCUGCAACAGGAGGCUGAAGAGUGUGCUGGAAGACAGGAGAAGACAUCCAAGCUGAUGGUGAAAUUGGAGUCCUCUAAAGAAAUGGAAGCAGGCCUUCCGUCUUUGUUUCUCUUUUAUUCCAUUCAGGCAGCAAGCCUAUUGGUUGCUGUUACUCACACCCAGGGUAGUUAAGAGAUUAUGGCAUCUGAAAACCACAAUGUUAAAAAACGGAACUUUUGUAAUAAUAUUGAGGAUCAUUCCAUUGAUCUUCCCAGAAAAAGGAUUUCUAAUUUCACUAAUAAGAACAUGAAGGAGGUUAAGAGAUCUCCAAAACAGUUGGCUGCUUACAUAAACAGAACAGUUGGACAAGCUGUGAAAAGCCCAGGUAUACUACACAAAGUGAUCAAUCGCAGAAAGAAAGUUCAUCAUCCCUUUCCAAAUCCUUGUUACAGAAAAAAAGAGUCCCCUAGAAGUGGGGGCUGUGACAUGGCAAAUAAAGAAAAUGAACUGGCUUGUGCAGGCCACCUCCCUGAAAAAUUACACCAUGAUAGUCGAACAUAUGUGGUUAACUCUAGUGACUCUAGUUCUUCACAGACAGAAAGCCCGUCAUCAAAAUAUAGUGGUUUUUUCUCUGAGGUUUCUCAGGACCAUGAAACAAUGGCCCAAGUUUUGUUCAGCAGGAAUUUGAGAUUGAAUGUAGCUUUAACUUUCUGGAGAAAGAGAAGUAUAAGUGAACUUGUAGCUUAUUUGGUGAGAAUAGAAGACCUUGGAGUUGUGGUAGAUUGCCUUCCUGUGCUCACCAAUAGUUUACAGGAAGAAAAACAGUAUAUCUCACUUGGCUGCUGUGUAGAUUUAUUGCCUCUAGUAAAGUCGUUACUUAAAAGCAAAUUUGAAGAAUAUGUAAUAGUUGGUUUAAAUUGGCUUCAAGCAGUAAUAAAAAGGUGGUGGUCAGAGCUCUCAUCCAAAACAGAAAUUAUAAAUGAUACAAAUAUCCAGAUUUUAAAACAACAAUUAAGUAGAUUAUGGGAGCAGGCAAACCAUCUUACUUUGGUUCCAGGAUAUACUGGUAACAUAGCUAAGGAUGUAGAUGCUUAUUUAUUGCAGUUGCAUUGAGAGAUUUCCUCUACUGAAGAACAUUUGGUUAUUUAAAAACAUACGUGGACUGUAUGAUUUCCAGCUCUGAACUGUGGAAGAAAUCAAAGCCACCCUUUUCUUUUAAAAAUCCACAAAAUGAAACCACUAAUAAAACCCUAACAAUCUACUUCACAUUGAAGUGGAAAAUAUCCAGAAGGAGCAGCUUCAACUUCAAUGAGGUGAAAGUGCACUAUGAAGAUCAUUCACUGCGGGGCUUAUGGUUAUUUAGUAACAUUGUUUAAGAACUACUGGAUCUUAAUGCAAUCCUACAUUAAAAUAUAAUUUAUACUAUGUGAAAAAAUAAGACAGGACUUACUGCUGGGAACCACAGAGACCAAUCAUGGAUUGUGUGUGUGUGUGUUUUAUAAAAAAAAAAGAAAGAAAGAAAGAAAAACACCUAAAUGUGUGCAGCUAUUUUCCUAUGUUGAAGAGACUUUCAAAGUUUAAAAUAUCAUAGUAAAUAAUCGAUAUUAAAAUUUUUGUGCACACUAAGAUACUGUGUAUAAAAAAAUGCCUUAAUUAUUAAUAAGCCAAUGUGUUAUGAUACCAGUAUCAUCUUGCUUUUAAAAAGUUAAAACCAACAAUGUUUCUGGCAUGAUACAGUUGUGGAAUUAAAUCAGGGGUUUACAUUCAUGUGGAAUGUUUUUGUUAAAACAUAUUCCACACCAUUUUUGAUAUGUGAGAAUAUUGUUAAUAUCUCUGAUUUUUUUUUGCCAGAAUUUUCAUGUAAUGUAUGUAUGUGAUAUUGCUGUAUAAAGAAAAAGGUGAAUAUGUAUUUGUAUGAAUGUUUAACUGGAAAUAUCCAUGGAGUUGGGUAAUUUAUAUUCACUUUUUACUGUGUAUAGCUCUUAAGAUUUUUCAUUUCUGUGUCAUUUAAACUUUGAGUAAAUUCACUAAAUAUUUCUAUUUUUUGCUUUUUUACUUCUGAUUUUUAUAUGAAUUCUAAUCCUUUUUCACUGCAUAUGUUUUUAAAGAGUUACAGUGCUUUAGAAUUGUUUACAGCUAAUGCUGACCUUGUAUUUUAAAUUCUAACACUAAGCAUUGCUACCUCCUCCAGUGGUUAGUAUGAAAUGCCAGCUGACAAUGUAUGAUUAUUUUGAUGUCUUUUUUAAAAAUGCCAUUGUAAUGUGUCUUUUUAAAAAUACUAUUUGUAAUAUCAGUGAUCCCAAUUCUGUAAAGUCUUAAUUAAUAGCUCUAAAUCUUGCCUGUCUUGAAAGUGAUUGGAAUUUAAUACCAUUACUGGUAGUUCAUGCAUCAUCUUAUUUUUAAUAAACUUGUGACAGGCAUCUAAGGGAAGAUAAAAUGAAAUUCCCACACAGUAUUCCUAAAGAAUACAAAUCUUUAGUAUUUAUGUGGUUAGUAACUACUGAUAUGGAUCUCCAGCAUCUUUCUUCCUGUAAAAAUAUUAUCUUUAACUCAAUUCUAUUUUCGCAUAGCUAUAGCUAUAUAUUCCUCACAGAAUCAAUUAUAGUAAUCAGUUAUUAAGUCUUUAGAGUAUUUUGGAUUGCUACACUAGUAAUUCAAGAGGUGAGGUAUUUAAGAAAUCAUUUCUCAAUAUAUGGGAAUUUGAAACAUAAACCCACGCCAACUCUGUGAAAUCUUAGGAUGAUGAAAUACAGCCUUUUGUUGUUCCUAUUCUUUUAAUUAGCACCUUAUUUAACAUUUUCCAUGAGUUCGCUUGGUUGGAGUAUGGUGCUAAUAACACUGAGGACAGCAGUAGGGUGCCUAGAAGUUCACUAACUCUGCAUGCACAAAGUGGUUUCAUGACUACAGAUAGCGCCUGCCCCAGGUAUCCAUGGUGUGUAUGGUUUAUCAUAAACCAUUAUCCUCAAAUGGAAAGAUAAGCAAAAUGGUUGUAUAGUUACAUAGUCUUUUGAUAUUUAAGAAUAUAUAUACAAAAUAAACCUGAGAUACUGUAUAAUUUUUAGUUUCACAGUAUUAAUACUGGGUCAUAUCACUGGCUAAAUAGUAUCUAUAAAAAUCAAAUUUCAAUAAACAUAAUUAAAAAAUACAAUUACAAAUGAAAUAAAAUAAGAAAAAAAUAUUGUCCUUUUAACACUAAGGGUUUUUUUUUUUUUUGCCUAAAUUUAAGUUUGUUGAAGGCAAGUAAAAUAAUACUCCAUUUUAUAUAUUCAGCUAUCUAAGGAAGUAGUCUUUAGCUCACAAAGAUUAUUCAGAAGGUUAUUCACAAAGAUUACUCACUCCAAAUUUUUUUUCUUGGUCUUUGCAGUUUUCUGUAGUACCUACCUCUCUCAGUUACAGAAUUGUGAUGAGCAUAGGUGAUUUUAAGAUUCCUGGAAAAAAGUUAUUAAGUAAAUAAGCAUUGGUAAAUAUUUCUGUUGCUAUUAAGUGCUUAUGCUACUGCAUUUUAAUUAGAGCAUUCUUGAUAUCUAAAAGAAAAAGCCAAAGCAAGUGUUUACAAAAUGUUCAGACUUUUUUUUUUUUUUUUUUUGUAUUGACCUAGUUUGGGACAAUUGCUAUUUGUAGUUCAUUUCUUUCAUAAUAGUAAGCAGUAUAUAGAACAGAGGAACUGUUGAAGGUAGCCUUUUUAGCUUUUUUAUCUUAAGUUUUCUAUACUUGACUUUGCUAACUUUGCAGCUAUAUGGACAGAGUUUAUUGAGGUAAUAACAGGGUUAUAAUCAGAUAAUUUGCAUUUACUAGGAGUAACAAGUGGAUUUUGUAUAAUGAUUAUGAGCAGAAUAAUGGUUAAGAGUUGGGAAGCAAGAAUUAGGUGACUUAAAUUUUUCACAAUAAUCUCAAAGAUAAUUGGCACUAAUUAUUUACAUGAAUCCUGAGAUACGAGGAUUUGGAUAUAAGUAUCCGUGUUCACUUUGGGGAGUCAAAAAUAUCAGAGCUAAACUAAUGGUUUCAGGGAAUUAUAUCCCAGUGCCUCUAAAGCAUACUUGGUACAUGUUAUUUAUGUGAGUUUAAUGCUAUAUUUUCGACCUUUGAAACAGUUAUUUUCUCACUUAGAUCAUUUCUGUAUUUUUCAAUGUUUUUAUAAGCAAUGAGUAAUUAAUUGGAGUGAUGAUUAUUAGCUAUUGAAUGCUGAUAAAGGAAACCAUUUAAGAGCUUAGUUCAAUUAGUCAAGGAGUCUGAAAAAGCAAGUCUGCAAUAAUUCAUUUUAUUUCCACUUCCUGUUUAAGAGGGAAAUUAUGUCAGUUGCUUUUGUUGGUUUAAAAAAAAAAACCACAGUUACCACUUGGAGCAAUCUUUUGGAUAUACUUGCUUCUUAUCUUUGAUUUUUAUUUUCUGAUUACCUCAGAAAUAAUGUUGCAUAUUGGUAAUUAUUUAUUCCUAUUUUCUUUCUCCUUUAAUUUCUUUUUUUUUCUCCUUUAAUUUCUAACCUUGAAAAUUGUCCAUACAUAUUGCAAUACACUGUUCCUCUUCAUUUAUAAUUCUGUAACAAGAGUAAAGAAAAACUCACUCCUAAACACUGUAAAUUUCUAAUUUGUAAUAUAACUUUAUGAGUAAUAGAACCAACUAUAACAAUAAAAGUAAGUACAUAUUAUAUAUUUACUAUUCUGAAUACAUUUUUCAAUGCUGUACCUAACAAUAUUUGAAAUACUAUAGUCAUAAUUUUCUCUGGAUCAAAUUAUUGAUUUAUCAGUAUCUUCUAAAAUCAAUGCUCAAUAAAAAUUAAGUACAACUACAAAUAUAAUAA